GUGCAGGAGCGGCUCGUGGCUCUGCAGAAGAAGGUGGACCCGAUGGGCCUCGCUUCUCGCGCCGCGGAGCGUCACGCCCCAGAUGCCGAGGCGGCGGUGCCGCCGGGGGGGCCCGCGCUCGCGGACCCGUACGGCGGCGAGCAGCCAGGCCCUGCCAGCGCCGGCCAGUGCUCCGCCGCCAGCGGCCCGCCGGGCGCCGGCGUCGCUGGCCGCCCGGGCCCCCCCGUGGAGGCGAUCGAGCUGUUGGACUCCGAG